CCCGGGAAGACAACCUAUACCAUGCUGAACAUAACGAAGAGAGGAUAACGCUGAGCUACUUCUCCUGAUGCUGAUACAGAAGCACAUCGUUGAGUUGUUCCAGUCAUUUAGGGAGAAAUGGAACACAUCUCGCCUGGAAUCCAUUUUCCGAGUGACUUCACGGUAUAAGUACAGCCCAGCGGUACUGUAUUCCUAAGGUAAACUGCUUUCUCAAAUACAUGAUGGCACGCCUCUCAAACAAAUUGGCCAUUAGCACUUCGUCGCUGGGAUUGCAUCCCUCCCACAUCCUGGACCAGAAGAUUCAAGCGGCUGCCCAGCAUGGCUUCGAGGGUAUCGAAAUCGUUUACGGAGACUUGAAAAUAUACAGCGACCGCAACAACCUGUCCGUGGCCGCCGGUGCCGAGAGAAUCCGUCAGGCGUGCGAGAAUCAUCAGCUUGCAAUUCUCGCGUUGGUUCCUUUCGAAAAUUACGAAGGCAGUAAAUCGCCACUCCAGGAUCGAUUAACCGUCGCAAGCCACUGGAUCAACAUCGCGCGUAUACUUCGUGCAGCCUACAUUCAAGUACCAUCGCAAUACAAUCACGAUUGUAUCGGCGAUGAGACCUUGAUCGUUUCGGAGUUGCAACAGUUGGCCGACCUCGCCAGCGCCGCAGCACCAGUUAUCUCGAUCGCAUACGAGCCGAUGUCAUGGGGAAUCCACUAUCCAACAUGGGAGUCCUCGCUCCGACUAACAGAACUCGUCAAACGGGACAACUUUGGAAUCUGUCUCGACAGCUUCCAUGUUGCCACAAAGCUGUGGGCAAGCCCAUUUGAGCCGUCAGGACAGUAUCCCAACGGCGCCCGUGAUCUGACCGAGUCCCUAUAUCGGUCAGUCACGCAAAUCCCCAUGGACAAGCUUUUUUACGUGCAACUAUCAGACGGUGAGCAAUUCGACCCGCCAUUCUCACAGGCGCAUCCCUGGUAUGUCGAAGGCGAGGCGCCAGAAUUCACCUGGUCCAAACAUGCUCGACCAUUUCCACUGGAGACCGAACUGGGUGGAUACUUGCCAUUGGGCGAAAUAGUGCAGGCGUGGCUUAUCAACAAGAACUAUACGGGCUGGGUGUCGCUGGAAUCUUUUGACCGGCGGAUGCGCGAUGAGAAGUAUAGACCAGAAACAGCGGCAGCUCGAGGCCAGAAUUCGUGGCGCAAACUUCAGGCACUGUCAUUUGGAUCGGAAAAUAAAAGCAAAAUAUAAUGGCAAAGAUUCUCUUAUAAUAAAUGAACUACGCUGAAUGUUUACUAU